GGCGGGGAUGGGCUGGGCGGCGCGCGGCUGUACGGUGGUGGCCGCUGUGCUUGGGUAAGUGGGAGGGCGGCUGUUGCAGACCUCUGGGCUGGGGACGAGGAAGCCGGUGGGGCCUUCCUGAAGACCCGAGGAGCCGCCGUUCGACACCAUGGCCGAGCCCCUGAAGGAGGAAGACGGCGAGGACGCCUCUGGGGAGCCCCCGGGGUCAGUGAAGGCCGAGCCCACCCAUACCGCGGCCUCCGUCGCUGCCAAGAACCUGGCCCUGCUCAAAGCCCGCUCCUUCGACGUGACCUUCGACGUGGGGGACGAGUACGAAAUCAUCGAGACCAUCGGCAACGGGGCUUACGGGGUGGUGUCGUCUGCCCGCCGCCGCCUCACCGGCCAGCAGGUGGCCAUCAAGAAGAUCCCUAAUGCCUUCGACGUGGUGACCAACGCCAAGCGGACCCUCAGGGAGCUGAAGAUCCUCAAACAUUUCAAACACGACAACAUCAUUGCCAUCAAGGACAUUCUGAGGCCCACCGUGCCCUAUGGCGAGUUCAAAUCCGUCUACGUGGUCCUGGACCUGAUGGAGAGCGACCUACACCAGAUCAUCCACUCCUCGCAGCCGCUUACGCUGGAGCACGUGCGCUACUUCCUCUACCAGCUGCUGCGGGGCCUCAAGUACAUGCACUCGGCGCAGGUCAUCCACCGGGACCUCAAACCCUCCAACUUGUUGGUGAAUGAGAACUGUGAGCUCAAGAUUGGGGACUUUGGCAUGGCCCGUGGCCUGUGCACGUCUCCCGCCGAGCACCAGUACUUCAUGACCGAGUACGUGGCCACCCGCUGGUACCGUGCCCCCGAGCUCAUGCUCUCCCUGCAUGAGUACACCCAGGCCAUUGACCUCUGGUCCGUGGGCUGCAUCUUUGGCGAGAUGCUAGCCCGGCGCCAGCUCUUCCCAGGCAAAAACUACGUGCAUCAGCUACAGCUGAUCAUGACGGUGCUGGGUACCCCGUCGCCGGCUGUGAUUCAGGCCGUGGGGGCUGAGAGGGUGCGGGCCUAUAUCCAGAGCCUGCCGCCACGCCAGCCUGUGCCCUGGGAGACCGUGUACCCUGGUGCUGACCGGCAGGCCCUCUCUCUGCUGGGCCGCAUGCUGCGUUUUGAGCCCAGUGCCCGCAUCUCGGCAGCCGCUGCCCUCCGCCAUCCCUUCCUGGCCAAGUACCAUGAUCCCGAUGAUGAGCCUGAUUGUGCCCCACCCUUCGACUUCGCCUUUGAUCGUGAAGCCCUCACCCGCGAGCGCAUUAAGGAGGCCAUUGUGGCCGAGAUUGAGGACUUCCAUGCCCGGCGCGAGGGCAUCCGCCAGCAGAUCCGCUUCCAGCCUGCCUUGCAGCCCGUGGCCAGUGAGCCUGGCUGUCCGGACGUUGAGAUGCCCAGCCCCUGGGCUCCCAGUGGGGACUGUGCCAUGGAGUCACCUCCACCAGUCCCGCCGCCGUGCUCUGGCCCUGCACCUGACACCAUUGAUCUGACCCUGCAGCCACCCCCACCAGCCAGCGAACCCACCCCGCCGAAAAGAGAGGGCGCCAUCUCCGACAACACCAAGGCCGCCCUCAAAGCUGCACUGCUCAAGUCCUUGCGGAGCCGACUCAGAGAUGGACCCAGUGCCCCCCUGGAGGCUCCUGAGCCUCGGAAACCUGUGACAGCCCAGGAGCGCCAGCGGGAACGGGAGGAGAAGCGGCGGAGGCGACAGGAGCGAGCCAAGGAGCGAGAGAAGCGGCGACAGGAGCGGGAGCGGAAGGAGCGUGGGGCGGGGGCCGCUGGGGGCUCCUCCACUGACCCUCUGGCUGGACUUGUGCUCAGUGAUAAUGACCGUAGCCUGCUGGAGCGCUGGACUCGCAUGGCCCGUCCCCCAACCGUGGCCCCCGCCCCCGCCCCCACUGUGGCUCCAGCCACUGCUCCAGCACCGAUGCCUCCCCCAGCCCACCCCACCAGUCCUCCCCCUGGUCCUGUAGCCCAGCCUGCUGGUCCCCCAUUGCAGCCUGCAGGCUCCAGCCCCGCUUCUGUCCCCCAGCCCACCUGCCCACCCCCAGGCCCCGUGCCCCACCCCCCGGGCCCUCCUGUGCCUAUCCCUGUCCCAACUUCACUCCAGACUGCCACCUCCACCAGCCUCCUAGCCCCACAGUCACUUGUGCCAGCCCCUGGCUUGCCAGGCCCCAGCACCUCAGGAAUUCUGCCUUACUUCCCGUCUGGUCCUCCGCCGCCAGACCCCAGGGCUGCCCUGCAGCCUUCUACAUCUGAGUCCCCCGAUGUCAGCCUCGUGACCCAGCAGCUGUCCAAGUCACAGGUGGAGGACCCCCUGCCCCCCGUGUUCUCGGGCACUCCGAAGGGCAGCGGGGCUGGCUAUGGCGUUGGCUUUGACCUGGAAGAAUUCCUGAACCAGUCUUUCGACAUGGGUGUGGCUGACGGCCCCCAGGAUGGCCAGGCCGACUCGGCUUCCCUGUCGGCCUCUCUGCUCGCUGACUGGCUGGAAGGUCAUGGCAUCAACCCUGCCGACAUCGAGUCCCUGCAGCGAGAGAUCCAGAUGGACUCCCCGAUGCUGCUGGCCGACUUGCCUGACCUCCAGGAUCCCUGACCGCC